AUGGAGAUGGAUGGUCAGGAGGAGGACAAGGGGUGGACGGUCAGGGCUCGAGAAGAGGACAACGAGGAGGUGUUGCCGCGGCGGGAUUCUGUCGUCGCCACGUCGUCGCGUCGAAAACGAAUCAUUCUUUCGACAGAGAGUUCCUUUGUCGACAGCAUCCUCCCGCUGCUAGUCAAGAACCCGGAUAUCGAGCUGCGCUUGAUUACCGACGAACCCUCAGCGUCGCUUGCGGGCGUCAACAAGAUCCCUCAUUAUACGGAUAGCGUGGAUUGCCAGACGUUUGAGAAGAAGACUGGUCCCCGGAAAUGGCUGAGAGCCAAGGCAGCGGAGCUCUGCGAAUGGGCUGAUUUGCUGCUCCUCGCCCCCAUCGAUGCUGGGACGCUGGGCUCGAUGCUGUCCGGCCUGACCAAUACGCUGACCCUUGCCUUGUUGCGGGCGUGGAUGUCUACGAAACCGGUCAUCCUCAUCCCAGGCAUGACGGUCCCCGAAUGGGACCACCCGCUGUCGAGCCGGCAACUGGAGGAGAUUACACGGUUCUGGCCCUGGGUUCGGGUUGUGUCGCCGGUGUUAUACAAAUUCACGGGCUCGGAAGACUUGGUCCAGCUGCCGUGGGAAGGGCUCGCGGCCCUCGACACUGCGAUUCAGGAUACCCUGGGGCUUUCGUGUUUGGAGCCGGGGGCGGGCGGAGGCGAUCUGGCUGUGGAGGACAGCAAGACAGUGUCAGCUGCUGGCAGCUCAUCCACGAACGCGAUUACGCCAGUCUCCAAGCAUCUAUUCCAUCUGACACCCGUAUCGCGGCGGGCUGAUCACGGCGCACCUUCAUUACCACUCGAGCUGUGGCUGAAUAUUUUCGAGGAGCAACUGGGCGACUGGGAGAUCGCCAAGGCGGUGGGGAUUCCGACGAACCUGGCGGUGCCCAAGGAGUGGCAAUCCCACAUCCUAAAGAUGUCGACGCCGGCCUCCCUGGAGUACACGAUUCUACGCGGGUCCUUUGCGGCGAUCAAGAAGCUCAUUGACGCGCUGCCGCGCUGGAAGCCGCUGUCCGACCUGGCGUGCCAUCUGAUCUUCAAAUUCUCGCGCACCGACAUCCUCUCCUACCUGACGGAGAACCAUCUCGACCUACUGUGGACCACAUCACGGCUAACCAACCUCCCGUACCGUGCGUCGGCCAUCUACGGCAACCCGACCAUCUUGACCUGGUGGCGGGAUGCCCCCGCGCUGCCCAACAAGGAGUACAUCGCCGAUGCGAUGGACGGCGCGUCGCGCGCCGGCUUCAUCAACGUGCUCGAGUGGUGGCGCACCUCGGGCCUCGAGCUCCGAUACACGGAGCGGGCGCUCGAGUCCGCCAGCGCCGAGGGCCAGGUUGCCGUGCUCGAGUGGUGGAAGAAGGCGUCUGCACGGGCGCCCGCUUCACAUCCCAUCCCGCUGAAAGUGGGCAAAUCGGUGCUGCUUGCCGCGCAAUCCGGCCGCACCGCCUCGCUGGCCUGGUGGGACGCGUCGGGGAUCCCCUACAGCCACGCCGAGUCUGUGGCGCGGAUUGCCAGCACCCAUGGCCACGUGCAUGUGCUGGAGUUCUGGCACCGGCUCAAGGGGACGAAGAUGAUCUUCGACAGCCAGGUGCUGGUUGGGCCGACGAAGAACGGCCACGACGCAGUGUUGGAAUGGUGGCGCCGCAGCGGGCUGCGCGUCGAGUUCAAGACGUGCGACAUCGAAGAGGCCCUGGAGGAUGCGGACCCGGUGUCUGGCGCGGAGGGGCGAGUCCGUCGAUGGUGGGCGCGCAACGGGUUGAAUCUGGGCGUUGGCACGAGUGAAUGGAUGAAAACAAAGGUUCUAUAA